AUGGCUAGCAUCAUUUCAAUAGAUUACAAUGAUUCCACCAAUAAUCCGUUAUUAUCCAUGACCAAUACUACUGAUUCAACUACUGCUAGCAUUCUUGCUUUAACUACAAGUACUGUUAGAUCUUCGGCAACAACAGUACCUACUACAAUUGCAAUAGCUGCGACUACAAAUCCUCCACCAUUAGAUAUGCGAACAUUUAUUGUCGUUGCUGUGAUCAGUGUACUAGGGCUAUAUUUAAAUUUAGUGGCUACUAUUGCACUAUUUAUCAAGCCGGCAUUGAAAAAACAUCCUUUCUAUCAGUUUCUAGCUAGUAUUGGAAUUACAACUUUACUCGCUAUUAUCAACCCAAUUAGCGGAUCACUUGUUCUAUUUUUGAACUCGCGUGGAAUUAUCCCGUUGAAUAAUUUUUCAAUCUAUUCUCGAAUUUUUAUCGUUGCACCUUCGUAUUGCUCCUUUAUCGUUACCAUGCAUACCUUAAAUUGGAUUGCUAUUGAACGUUGUUAUGAAAGCUUUAGGUAUCCCAAGCGAUUUAGCGAUAAAUAUAUUAAAUUAUUAAUCGUACUAGCAUGGAUUAUCGCGGUAGCUUUUACUGUACCUAUUGCAAUUUAUACACAUUGCACAAAUCAUACUGCUCCAUGCAAUACAUAUAAUCAUAUCUUAACACCUCAUAAGCCAUUUUGGAUAUCCUUUCUAGCUUUAAAUUACUUCAUCCCUGUUUUAUCCUUAGGUGUAUGUUAUGCUAUCUUGAUGAAAUUUCAAUGUGGUAAAACUAUUGUGGCUUCAUUUGAGAUAUUAGAAAAGAAACGUGAAGAAAAGAAGUUUAUUAAAUUAUGCUUUUUGACUACAUUAAUUUACACUGCUUGUCUAACCCCUCGUUGUAUCCUCAUAUUGACUUCGGUUACCUACCAAAAUAAGCUAAAUGCCUCUUCUGCUGGUAUCAUCGGUGCUGAUCGAAUUCUAUCCAUGCUGUAUCUUAUAUUACUACCUUUGAUCUAUAUCAUAUUUAAUCAAGAUAUUCGACAAACUUAUUGUCCAUGUUGCCAUCAAAGUGCUGUAAUGCCAGAUAAUAUUGAAGGUGAUAACAACACAGCUUCUGAAAAAGCCAUUGGAGUUCCUGAAAAAGACGAUGAUUCUUUGUGA